AUGGCGGCGGUGCAGCUACUUCUACAAGCCCAAGACCAACUUUCACGGCCCUCACCAGAGUCCUUUCGCAGCAAAGCUAUCGCUGGAGGCUCCAACCUACGGAUCCUCCCCCUUGGGGACUCGAUCACAUAUGGCCAAGGGAGCAGCGAUGGCAACGGAUACCGAUUACCACUCUACGACCUCCUCUCCAGAUGGAACAAGGUAGAAUACAUCGGCCGUGAAAGACACGGUUCGAUGAGCAACAACCGACAUGAGGGACACAAGGGAUUUCCCAUUGGGGCCGUCGGCAACACCGGAAAGCUAGAUUACGUCGAACGCCCCAACAUCGUCCUCCUGCUCGCCGGCACCAACGAUGUGGUCUUUAAAAUCAAUCUGAAAACUGCGCCAGAGGUGCUGGGGCGCGUCGUUGACGAUAUCGUCUCGGCCUGUCCAGAUGCCGUCGUACUGGUUGCGACUAUACCGCCGUUGCUGGAUCGCAAUCGCGAAGCGCGGAGGGUCGCGUUCAAUGCUGCACUGCCGGCUGUCAUGGAGCAGCGGACGGAGGCUGGGAAACAUGUGCUCCUUGUUGAUUUGGCGAAUGUGACUACGCGACACAUCAACGCUACUGAUGGUAUUCAUCCGGUUGAUGAGGGGUAUAAAUUGAUUGCCGAUGCUUGGUAUAAGAGUAUCGUCCAUGCUGAUCAGAAGGGUUGGAUCAAGGCUCCCGUUGCAAAGCCCGCUAAUGGUGAAGUUGAUAGAGUAAAACCCACCAUCCAAGCAAUGCCUAUUGUUCCUGGGAGGCCUACUGUUGCUGGGACCUCUGCUGGUUUCUGGUCUCCGUUUAGGAUGCUUGCGGCGCUGGUUGUGGUGCCUAAGGAGCAGGCCAAAGAGAAGAACAACCCAACUAUGCACAAUGUGAAUGCCUUUUUGAAGAAUAGCACUGUAGCUAAAAAUCCCUCUCCUCGAGCUCCCCUGGAAUUUGGACUUUGGGACAAGGAGGCUUUCUGA